GAACCACGUAGGUUGGUUGUUGGGUUGGAGAAUUCGCUGCGAUGGCGUCAACGGCUGAGUACUGGACUCGGAUAUGACUCGUUUUUAUUCAGUCGAGUUUUAUUUGCUGCUCAGCAACUGCACGGGAUUCGGGUGAAUCUUCGGCACCUGACUUUUCAUCGCCGUUUUGAAAGAUUUUCAUGCAUUACUUUUGAGUUACCAAAAAAGGAUCACUAGGACUGUUCAUCGUCCAUCACCGAUUGCCUCUGACUGGUCCAGGCCGGAGUUUCUCAUUGGGUGACCCGCUCUCCUUCACAGGGGCCAUGGAGGAGGAGGGGCAGAAUAGCUUGGAGUGUAUCCAGGCCAAUCAGAUAUUCCCCAAGAAGUCCCCCGUCCUGGAGGAAGAAAACAUGCAGGUGCCCUUUCCUGAGUUGCAUGGGGAGUUCACAGAGUAUGUGGGGAGAGCAGAGGAUGCCAUCAUCGCCGUGUCCAACUACCGCCUACACAUCAAGUUCAAAGAGUCGGUUGUCAAUAGUUGUUGUUGCGAGGUGUCAGUCCCUCUUCAGCUUAUAGAGAGUGUGGAGUGUCGGGAUAUGUUUCAGCUCCAUGUCACCUGUAAGGACUGCAAAGUGGUGAGGUGUCAGUUCUCUACAUUUGAACAGUGUCAAGAAUGGCUAAAACGCCUGAAUGUUGUAGUACGUCCUCCCUCUCGCCUGGAGGACCUCUUCUCCUUUGCCUUUCAUGCCUGGUGCAUGGAUGUGUAUGCUGGUGAGAAGGAGCAGCACGGCGAACUGUGCAGGCCAGGUAAACUACUUGUCUUUCCCCAUGUUACCCCAGCAGAACCUUAUCACUGCUCUCUUCUCAUCUUAUCAAACAUCUCUGCUCUCUCUGUAGGUGAACAUGUGACCUCCUGGUUCAAGAACGAGGUGGAGAGGAUGGGCUUUGACACUCAAAACGCCUGGAGAAUAUCUGACAUUAACAGCAAGUUCAGACUAUGCCCCAGCUAUCCUCAGCAGCUCCUGGUGCCAGCUUGGAUCACAGACAAGGAGUUGGAAAAUGUGGCGGCCUUCCGCUCCUGGAAGAGGUUUCCUGCUGUGGUUUAUAGGCACCUCAGCACAGGUGCUGUGAUCGCACGCUGUGGUCAGCCCGAGGUUAGCUGGUGGGGCUGGAGGAACGCAGAUGACGAACAUCUGGUCCAGUCCAUUGCCAAGUCCUGUGCUAUGGACAGCAACUCCCGCAAACACAUCCCCAACGGCACUUACACCAACGGCUCAGACCUGCCUGACACCGACUUUGAAUCUUCCAUGACCAACAGCUCAGAGGUGGAGACGCUGGUCAUCCAGGCCCACAAGUUACUUAUCCUGGAUGCCAGGUCCUAUGCUGCUGCUGUAGCGAACAGGGCCAAGGGGGGAGGCUGUGAAUGCCCAGAGUACUAUCCCAACUGUGAGGUUGUGUUUAUGGGCAUGGCCAACAUCCACUCUAUUCGCAAGAGUUUCCAGUCUCUACGUUUCCUCUGCACCCAGAUGCCUGAUCCAGCCAACUGGCUUUCUGCACUGGAGGGCACCAAGUGGCUGCAGCAUCUGUCCCUGCUGCUGAAAGCGGCGCUGCUUGCUGUCAACGCCGUUGAUCGAGACCAAAGGCCUGUCCUGGUGCACUGCUCCGAUGGCUGGGACCGCACACCUCAGAUCGUUGCUUUGUCCAAAUUGCUACUGGACCCUUAUUACCGCACCAUUGAGGGUUUCCAGGUUUUGGUGGAGACUGAAUGGCUGGACUUUGGCCAUAAGUUUGCAGACCGCUGUGGCCAUGGUGAAAACUCAGAGGAUCUGAAUGAGCGCUGCCCUGUCUUCCUGCAGUGGCUGGACUGUGUGCAUCAGCUACAGAGGCAGUUUCCAUGCUCCUUUGAGUUUAAUGAGGCCUUUCUGGUGAAGCUGGUACAGCACACCUACUCCUGCCUGUUUGGCACAUUCCUGUGCAACAGCGGCAAGGAGAGGGAGGAUCGCCAUGUUCAGGAGAGGACCUGCUCCGUCUGGUCACUGCAGAGACCGGCCAACCGCACACUGAGGAACAUGCUUUACUCUUCACACUCUGAGACCGUUCUCCACCCAGUGUGCCAUGUGCGCAACCUGAUGCUGUGGACGGCAGUCUAUCUGCCCAGCUCCUCCCCCACCACCCCCUCAGAUGACUCGUGCGCCCCCUACCCCGUACCUGGUACCAACCCGGAGGAUACACCACUGGGCAGAUGUACUAAGACUCGCUCCUUUGACAACUUGCCCAGUGCAUGUGAGCUAGGAAGCACCCUUGCUCCUAACCGCCGCUCUAGUGACCCGAACCUCAAUGAGAAGUGGCAGGACCACCGGUGCUCUCUCGAGCUCAAUAUGGCAGCAGGGCCUGAGGGAGGGGGCAAUCAGGAUCAGGAGGUGCUGUCUAAUGCAAUGGAGCCAUACCCAGAUGAUGCGGACUCAGAGCCGGAAGACAGCUCACACCUGCGGGCCUCAAGUGCUGACCUUGAACAGGGAGUCUUCGAGAGGCCUGCAGCCACAGGAGAGGAAGUGGAGGAGGCUGAGCUCUCUGUGGCAGUGGGUGUGGCCGAAGGCCAAAUGGAGAAUAUUCUCCAAGAAGCCACAAAGGAGGAGGUAGGAGCAGAUCAGAAAGAGGGAAGCACUGCUGUUGCUCAAGUUAUGAACACUGUUGACACAGAGUCAGAGAGAGUAGCAAACGUUGGAGAUGAAGAUGAGUGUGCUAAAGUCAAUGGGACUGAGAUCCUGACAGAAGCCUCUGAUAAUGAUCACCAUCACAAAAAUGGCAUGAUAGAGGCUCAGGAGGAUAGUGAGUCUCCUCUGUCCACAGAAGAGGCAGAGGAGCAGGAUCAACAGGCACCUGAGGUGACUCAGGCAUCAGAGGAAGUUGUAACGCAGGAUGUUGAGGAAUCUUGUGUGAAAGAGGAGGUUGCACAUGAACUCAGUGAGUCUGGCUCAAGUGAGCCCGAGCAGCCUGCAGCUCACAGAACUUUAAAUAAUGGCUUUAUGAAUAGCUCACCUGAAGAGCCAAGUGAGGAUGAGGAGACAUGUCCUGACUAUGAAUCUGACCACGAUGUAUCUGCUCCAGUGGAGCUGGUGGAUAAGAGAGCCUCGCUUUUGGAGAGUUCAACAGAAACUUUAACUGAAGAGGCCUGUGGCAGGUUGGAACCCCCCACACAGCCGCCCAUUUGUCUCAUCAGACAGCCGUGUGCUGACGGCAUGAGCCAGCCGCCCUGUUCCAGGAAAGAGAAAGGGUUUGAGGCAGGCGAGCACAGCUUAAUCAGAACUUUAAACGGGGGGAUGAAGCAACCCUCAGUCAGUGCCUCUCAGUCAGUGAGUGCUGACCUAAGCAGGGACGGCGACAGCUCUGACGGCGAGCCUUGCGCAGGUCCUCACUGGGCCAAAGUGAACGGGGAGCGGGCCCCUCUGAGUCGACAGAUGUCCCUGGUAAGCUGUAACUCCCUGUUCCUUCAUCAACGGGGCAGUUGCUCUCAGCAUCGCUGUUGCCACGCCUUGGUUGGCCGAGCCGUCAUCAGCCCGGAGCAGCCGUCACGCAGUCACCUAGAUGAUGACGGGCUGACACUGCACACUGAUGCCAUCCAGCAGAGGCUGAGGCAGAUCGAGGCGGGCCACCAGAUGGAGGUGGAGACUCUGAAGAAGCAGGUACAGGAGCUGUGGAGCCGCUUGGAGAAUCAGCAUCACACAGGCUCCCACAGGAUCAACGGCGACAUUGGAGAUGAAGUGACCUCAAUGAUGGACUCUGAGUGCAACCUGGACCCCAACUGUUUGUCACGUUGCAGCACAGAGAUGUUCUCUGAGGCCAGCUGGGAACAGGUGGACAAGCAGGACACUGAGGUCACUCGCUGGUACCCUGACCAUUUGGCAGCUCAGUGUUAUGGCUGUGAGAGCCGGUUCUGGCUCGCCACAAGAAGGCAUCACUGCAGUGGCAGAGAGACUGUCCAGGAGCUGUGGAACUGUGGUAACGUGUUCUGCGCCAACUGCUGUGACCAGAAGAUCCCAGUGCCAAGCCAGCAGCUGUUUGAGCCCAGCCGCGUCUGUAAGGGCUGCUACGGCAACCUCCAGCUCGGCUUGGUUCCUCUUGACCUGGAGCUGGAGAAACCCAUCGCAGCCAGCUCCAACUGAGGGCAACGAUGGGGAGGGGGGGGAGCGGGCUGAGUGGAACAGCCACUGACACAGACGCACUGCUGAUGUUAGAGCACAGGAGCUACACAGAAUGUCCCAUGUACUUUGUGUAUGUGUGUGUGUGCAGCACAUUUGUAUAUACUGAGGAUGACGUGGCAGCGGAGCUGAAUGAAGUGUUUGCCAGAUGCUGAGUGCUCUGAGUUGUGGGUGUGUGUGUGUGUGUGUGUGUGUGUUAGAGGAGAAAUUGCACACUGGCCACACAGAGCAUCAACGGCAGUGAUUGGACUGCACUCUGAGGCCAGAGGGGUGAGAAUGGACAUCCUGGUGCCUUAAACCAGGCAGGCAGAGAAGGUCGUCUCACUUUGAAGUCUCUUGGAGGACUCUGGUUCACUGAACACACUUCCUUUGCUUCUCUUCAUUUCUCCACAACAUGUACGAUCAAGAGCAGGAAAACCUCCGUGAUUCACGAGAAAGUCUCUGAGCAUCACAAAUGUCUGGAUUUGUUGUUUAGGAAGAAGCGAAAAGGGUCAGUUCACCCAAAUACUUCCGGAUCUCAUCAGAUUUCUGUUGCCGUCCCAGCACAGUGGAGGUGAAUUAAAUUAUGGCUGCAACUAUGAUGUUCUCCAUCACUUAAAAAGCUUUAAAAAAAGAACAUGGAACCAAAAUAGUUUUCUGUAAGAUGACUUCCAUCCACUUUAUUCUCCAUAUGACGGUCACAGGGAGCUGCACCCAAUCCCAGCACAUGUAGUGUGCUCUUAUUUUGAAAUGGUAAUGACAGGUCACCAGUCCAUCACAGGGCCACACACACACACACAUUCACACCUUUACGGUCAAGUUGAGAUUUGUGAAGCUCAUCACUGAAAUUAAGUCUUCACAUUUUGCUCCAAACAUCCCAUCGUGCAACUCCACUGUGUUUAAGAUUUUCAAACAUCAGUGACAUCAUCAGGGUCAUUAUUGAGACAACGGAAACCAACAUGUCAUCAUUGAGUGAACUGACCCUUUAACUGGGCUCAAUCUCAACUCUGCUUAUUUGCUUGCUUUCAUUUUGGUGAGUUUUGAAUCAGCUUUUUCACACACAAUGAUUUAGAUGUGAGUGUGACUUGAAAAUACAGGUUAGUGUUAAGUUAGUAUGGGUGAGUUAGUGAUUUUAAGUGUUGAGGUUUAGCCCAGGCUCACCUGGUUUAACCGCCUUCCUUUAACCAAAACAUUUCACACCGUCUUUCCCAAGUUACACAACUCAGCAGGAGAGUCAAUAAUUAUUUGAGUUUGUUUUUUUUAGUCUAAAAAAAGUCAUUCAGCUCUUCCACACUGACUGUUAUUCUUCGUCUCUAACCAGCCCCCCAAAUAUUUUUCCCAGCAGGCACUGGGAGCUGGACGUCCCCACACACGUCAGCUCUUUGAUGGAAAUCGGAGCUGAUGGUGUUUAUUGGACACGUUUAAAUGUCCGUGUUGUUAAUUAUAAUUAUUUCAGAGGCGUUCGUCAGCGGUGGCCUCACCUGUGAUUGGCUGAACAGUGGAGAAUCAGCAGCAGCAGCAGGAAGAGCUCGAUCUUUGCGUUUCUGUUUCUUUUCUUUCCCCUAAAACUGAAAGUGAAUCCUGUCAGAGAAGCUUUAGUGAGACGCCCGCUCUGCCUGACACCUGUCCACUCACACACACACGUGCAUAGUUUUUUUUUUUGUAAAAUAAAUAAAAUAAAUAAUAUAUUCAGAUACCUAUAUAGCAUUUAAGAAAAAUGUAUAGAAUCCUUGAUUAGUGGCUCACUUAAUUAGUCACCAAAAAGGUUUUGUUUAAAUUUCUUUGUUUUCUUAUGUUGCAGAUGAAUACAUAUAUUUUGCAGCCUGUUAAAAGAAUAACGGGCAUCUUGUUGUUGUUGUUUUUUUGUUUUGUUUUUUUAAAUAGAGAAGCAGGGUGUCCUGUUUUGAUGCUGCA